AUGGCAGCAUUCAAGAUGGAGAAACCUCUGGUUGUUCCCCCGCGAGGCGAACAUACGGCCACGGUCUUCCUCCUCCAUGGUCUUGGUGAAAUGCCCCAGGAUAUUGACGGCAUCUAUAAAUACUGCAGGGACAAGAAGAACUCAAACCUCCAGCACAUCAAAUGGAUCCUUCCGUACGCACCGCUGCGGCCCAUCACGAAGGACCACGGCAUGAUGAAACGCGGCUGGUUCGACGUCAUAGUCUCGCAUAAAGACAGACGCGAGGACGGGCCUGGUCUUCUGGAGACUGUUCGAUACAUCGACGAGUUGAUCGAGGACGAAUGCGCGAGCGGAAUUCCCGAACAUCGCAUCGUUCUUGCGGGCCACUCUCAGGGAGCGGUCGUCUCUGUAUUAGCCGGGCUUACUGGAAAUAAAACACGCGACAGCGGCCAGGAUGGUUGGAACCUCGCGGGUGUGAUGUCAGUCAGUGGGUAUAUCCCUAUCAAGAAGGUCUUUGCUAAGUCUGUCGCACCACAUGCACGCGAGAUUCCAGUCUUUUGGGGACACGGAAAGGAUGACAGAGUAAUCUACGUCGAUGCCUGC